UACAGCGAAGCAAAGUGUCGUGAUGGCUGCUCAUGGUUUUGUCGGUACAUGGGAGGUUGUGGGUUGCAUUUCUCAAUCGGGUAAUACAGAAAAGACUGGAAUAGAGGGGACGUUGUUUUGCUUGGACGAAAGUGGUGAUGUGGUGUGGACAGUGCCAGAAGAGACUGAAGCCAUUCCGCUCUUUAACUGUGAAACGUAUGAGAUAUCUGAUACAGCUUUGUCUGGGGUGGUUGUCAGAUUUGGAGCAUAUGCUGGACAUGUCAUCGAGUUCAUGGUCGAUCAUCCAGACCCACAGGAUGUGAUGUUGUUAACAUGCGAAGACUGGUGUCUUCUGCACUGCAAACGAGUAGUUGCAUCUGAUCCAGAGCCUCCCAUUGAUUCAUCAUUCUCUCUUCUGCCUGCACUGGAAGAUGGCUACUUUUCUGAUCUCUCAAUCACAGCUAGCAAUAAUAAACAGUUUCCAGUGCAUACAUGCAUUCUCCGCUUGAGUGCUCCAGAGUUGGAUUGGAGUCAUCAACCUCCUCCUCUCUCGGGACUGUCUGAAGAUGUUCUUGGGACAAUCCUUCACUUUCUGUAUGCAGAAUGUCUACCAGCAAAUCUUGGGGAACAAACGGCACGACACUGCAUUGCAGCAGCAACAAGCCUUCCUGGUUUGGAGAGACUAGUUCAGAUGUGUGAGCUGUAUUUGAAAAACAUGGCCCUGAAACAACAAAUUAUUGGCUUUGUGUCAGAUAUGCAUGCAUGUGCCAGCCAGAUUAUAGAGCACUUCAGCACAAAAAUGUCUCCUGGUGAACAUUCUGCAGACAGCCUCAAUUCCAAUCCUGCCAAACUCUGUUUUGUUGUGAAGCAGUCGGUGAGGGAAGCUGCAGUAGCUGGAGUGAAAUUGUUGCUGCUGUGUGACUUAUUCACGAAACGCAAGACUGAAUUGUCACGUGAAGAACGUCAUGAGAUAAUUCGCUAUGCCAAGUCUCGGCUACCUAUUUUCAUGAGUCAACUACAUAGGUUCCUUCAGGGAGUGAAGUCUACCUUCAGCAGCAUGUCCCCUAGUCAGAGACAAGAAGUCGCAACAUACCUUGUGCCAGAGAUUGAGACUAUACUGGAUACUGUGUCAGCUCUCGUUGUAGAAAUAAAGUCAGCCUUGGAACAGAUAAUACUGGCUCUUUCCCCUUCAGAAGGUUGCAGGAGCCAGAAGGGAAAUUUGGGAGACAUUCUUGGCAAGUCCCUAAAGAAUGUUCUCCAUAUAAGAGAGCUUGGCAAACUGCGUAGUUUUCACCAGAGAAUAACUAUCAGCCUCAUUCAUCUUUUGCAGAAGAAGGAGAGUUUCAAUGACAUGACAAGUGCCAAUAAAGUGCGAUCAGUAGCACGGAACUUGGAGCAUCUGAUAGAAGAAUUACCAAUCUUUCUGUUACGAUUGGAAGAAGUCACUGCUGCUCUUGAUGACAAAUUGGAGUGGCGGGAGUUCAAAUUCUGCUUCAAAGUGGGCACAUCAAAAGUGUCAGGGGUCCUACAGAAGUUGUUGGCCCACAGCAGUACCCUUCAGGAUGUGUGGGUUCAACUCUGUGACCUUGUACAGAGAGACGCUUUCACACAGUCCCUGUUCACUCUGGGACUGCUUGAUCCAGCACAGUAUGGUGGUUCUACGGGCGAGAACAAUCAUAGUAGUAGAAGUCAUAUCCACUCCACGCCAAAACAGCACGGAUACAAGCUGAACUUGGUGGAAUCACUGUGUGUACCGCCCAUGUCUCGGACUAGUUUAUUAUCCAAAUCUGCCAUUCAGCUGCUCAGUUCUGGUCAGGCAACAGAUAUGGUGUUCGAAGUGGUCACAUCACAAGAAACUCCAGAUUGUGUGAUUGACCACACUCAUGGGCAAGUAGUUGAGCCAUCCUCUGCAGAACGACAGCAGGAGGGAGAGGAAGUUUGCAGCAUACAGGCACAUAGAGUCAUUGUUGCAGCUCGUUGUGACUGGUUUCGACGUGCGCUUCUCUCUGGCAUGAGAGAAGCCAUUGACAGGAAAAUUGUUAUUCAUGAUACUAGCCCAUUUCUCUUCUCAACAUUCCUUAAUUAUCUGUACAGUGGACAACUGGAAACAAAAGAAUUGAGUGUUGAUCAACUGGCUGAUCUCAUGCUCCUAAGUGACCGGUAUGAGGUUGACUCACUUAAGCAAGCUUGUGAGCAAGGACUUAAAAGGCAUAUAGAUGAAGAUUCUGUGCUUUAUUUCCUUAGCAUGGGUGAUCAAUUCAAUGCCAAAUUGUUGCGGAGUGCUUGCCUGAAUUUUAUUUCCCUGAACCCUGACAUCAUGGACAGCGAACUUUUCGAAGAACUGCCACAGAACCUUCAAGCAGAAAUAUAUGAUCUAGUAAUAUGGGUGAAACCUAGAAAAUCUCAGACUACAGAGAAACUGUUGCCUUUCCCUGAAUGUCAUAGCCCAGAAACUCCAACAUCAGUUUCUUCAAGUCUUGCUGAUAUUGAAGAAAUGGCAUCUAACAUUCACAUCAAUAGUCGGGAGGUGGAAGCAUCAGACAGCAGUUCCUUGGAAGAAUUACCUCUCACACAAGACUCUGCUAGGCUAGAGAGCUGUUUAGUGCAGCUGAGGGACAUUGUUGGAGAGCAAGUCUCUCGAGAAGAACUUGUGCAGGUUGUAUUGGCAGCAGACUAUGAUAUUAACCGAGCCCUCAACUUUUACUAUUCAUCCUGAAGAUGGCAGCAAGGUCGCCUCAAUCCACGGCGUACCUAGUACAGAACUUACUGAGAAGUGCAUCCAAAUGGUUGAAGUUUUGGAAGUAGCAAUUAAACUUUCCUCAAAGAAAGUGUGCCUGCUGCCCAGAUUGGGUGCUCCAAUUCCCUGGAAACUGCCAGCCCAUUUGCUGUCACCUCGCAGACUGGGGAGUUCAAGAAAGGUCAGCACCAGUCAGAUAUCCUUUCCAUUUCCUCCUCUUCAAACUACAUCCAGUCCAUUAGCUUUAAUUUGUCUGUGAACAUGUCUUCAUAUUUUUAAUUUUUUAAAAAUGUGCAAUGGAAAAAAUAAAGAUUUUUGAAGAGUGUGGUUGUAUUAAUGUCUGGAUAAGGCACUGUACAUUGAAAUAGGCAAUAUUUAUUUGACCUUACUUGAGUAAGUCACAGAAGGAAGCAUAUGCAGCUGUGAUGAAAGCAGUAUCAGUAUGUUUAAAUUUAAAUGCUUUGUGUGUUUAUUUAGAUCAUGAGAAUUGUAUUUGUCAUGCUGUUAAUUAGUUUCACAUAUGUGAAAUUUCGCACAGUGAGUACAAUGGCAUGAGAGAGGCACCUGGUUUUAUACCACAAGUUUAGGUCUGUUAUGCAUGUUAAUCCAUAAUAAUGCUCCUGCAUUUUCAUUAAAUUAGGUGAGCAGUUUGAUAUUUCUGAUAUCUUAUGUGCUUUUAUGCUUACCAUAUUUACCUGAGUAUAAGAUGAGGUUGUCUUUCUUGUACACUGGUGUAUGAAAAGUGUUGUAAUUGCAAACAGAGCAAAAUAUUUCAUUGGGAUGAACAUUUGUAUCACGGAGUACUUAAUAUUUUAAUGCUGUCUGUAGUAUAGUCAGGCCUUUGUUUGUUUAGUGUGUUUGUAUAUGAUGGUUGUUCAAGAAGUUCCCGAAAUGAGGGUAUGGAGCUGCAGGAUGUCAAUCAAUUAGGUGUUGUUUGAGUGACCUUGUAACCCAACCAUUAGUUACACAAGCCAUUUUGUUCCGUUUACUUUUUAUAACCAGUUUUUUGAUCAGGUGUGAUGUUGUCUUGUUGGUAAAGGAGCAAAGAAUUUGUGUUAAAUUCUUUUCCAAGGUAGGAAGAACUUCUGCAGAAACCUGCAACAUGUGUGAAGCUUAUGGUGUUCAUGCCUUGAGUUAAAUUGAACCGCCCCCUUCCCCUUCUCUCAAAUGCUACUCAUUACGAGAACCGUGAAGAGGGAAGAAGCAGCCCAUCGUCGCUGGUUCUAUUGCUGUGUUCCAGCCAGAUACCAAACCAAAUUUUGAAGUAACCCAGCUGAAACGGAAUUUCUAAUAACAAUCCCUGCUAGGUGGUAAUCAUCUUCUCUGGUCAGCAUCAUCCGACAGACUGCACAGUAAGUCUCUCCUCGUUCCGAGACUAGGAGGUGGGAUGGGGUCAUGUGACGAGGGUAGUACGUCAACAUUAUUAGGGGUGGGGAUGGAAUCCGGGAAUGGCAGCCGCCAUGACAUCACACCGAGAGCGAGCUGACCUUCAGAACGGCUCAAAAUGAUAACCUACAAAUGGUGCAAACAUUUUAAAAAUGGAAGCACUUCAACAGAUGACAAGGGGUCUGGCCAACAUUUAACUUCAAGAUGUGAACCUCUGAUUGCCCAGGUGAAAAACAUUGUCCACGGAAUUCAUCUGUUGACUGUCCAAGAAGCUGCAGAAGAGGUUGAAAUAUCCAGUGGUUCAUGCCACUCAGUUUUAAUGGAAAGUAUAAGCCUGCAGCAGAUCUCAGUAAAAUUUGUACCAAGACUCUGGCUGAUGUUGAGAAACUGCAGCAAUUUUCCAUCUGUGAAUAUCCACCAAAGGUCAUUCAUUACCAGUGAGAAAAGGUGGAUGUAUGGUUAUGACAUUGAAACCAAACAACAGUCCUCACAUUGGAAGUGUCCUUCUUUGCUUCACCCCAAGAAAGCAUGAGAGCUGUGCUUGCCAGUGAUAGUAAUGUUGCUUGAUUUUUUUUAUCAUCAAGGCCUUCUGCAUCAUGAAUUCGCUCCUGAAGGUCUGACAGUUGAUUGAGAUUUUUAUGUAGUAGUUCCAAGACGUCUUCAGGAUGUAGUAUGAAGAAAACGAUCUGAAAUGUGAACUGUGGAAAACUGGUUCCUCCAUUAUGAUAACGUGCUGGCCCACACAGCAUUGUUAAUUUGACAAUUCUUGGCAAAACAUUAAAUUUCUACCUUCCACAACCCCCUAGUCACCUGACCUCUCCCCUCCGACUUUUUACUAUUUCCUAAACUCAAAAGUCCCCUUAAUGGAUGAAAAUUUCAGACAUUGGUAGACAUCAUCAUUAAUGCAACGGAUGAUUUGGAGGUGAUACCACAAACGUCCUUUGAACAGUGCUUCUAAUAGUGGAAAAGGUGGCAGGAGGGGUGCAUUGCUGUGCAAGGGGACUAUAUUCAGCAAGCUCCAAGCAGAGAAAGAUAUUAUUUAUAGACACAUAUCAGGAACAUUUUGAACACACCUCAUAUGUUGGAGGAUUGUUUAAUUUUGUGGGGAAAGAUGAAAAGGGAAUUGAAGAGAAUCCGAACUAAUGGAAUCUGAUAUCAUAGAACAUGAGCUGAAAAUGAACAGGGGAAAGAUAAUGGCCAUGGGAAUUUCAAGGAACUUAGACAUGAAUGUCACAAUACAGUUUUAACACCAGAGUUAUUGAAGGCAUAAAAUUUGCAUGUGGGAAAUGAAAUCACAUUAUAGAAGGAAUAUUAUGGAACAGAAAAAUCCCAAAGCAGUGUAAACAAAUGAUAUAUAAAGUAUAUUUUAAGCUAAUAUUUGCUUAUAAUUCAGAAACAUGGAUCCAUACAAAGAGAAACAAAAUCUGAACAAUGGGGAUGAUAUUUUUU